GUACAGUUUGAACCAUUCCAACGUCGUUAAAACAAAAGAAAAACACAAGCCCCACGUCCUAAACAAACCAAGAACCAACCAAACCCACAAAAACUACUCCGUCUGCGAUCUUUCUUCUUCGAUCUCCCAUUUUCGUGAUGAUGGCCACGCUCCAAUCCGAGCAGCUGAAGCAGCUGAAGGACAUAUUCAUGCGCUUCGACAUGGAUUCGGACGGCAGCCUCACGCAGCUGGAGCUGGCGGCCCUUCUCCGCUCCCUUGGCCUCAAGCCCUCCGGCGACCAGCUUCACGUCCUGCUGGCCAACAUGGACGCCAACGGCAACGGCACCGUGGAGUUCGACGAGCUCGUCGGCGCCAUCAUGCCCGACAUGAGCGAGCAGGUGCUCAUCAACCAGGAGCAGCUCCUGGAGGUUUUCCGGUCCUUCGACCGCGACGGAAACGGCUACAUCACCGCCGCCGAGCUCGCCGGAUCCAUGGCCAAAAUGGGUCACCCUUUGACCUACCGCGAGCUCACGGAGAUGAUGCGCGAGGCCGACACCAAUGGCGACGGUGUCAUUAGCUUUAACGAGUUCUCCAUCAUCAUGGCCAAGUCCGCCUCCGAUUUUCUUGGCCUCGCUGUCGCGUAGGCGUAGGCGUAGGCUCCAGGCACCUUUAGGGUUUGGCCCGGCCGGAUCAGGAAAUUCCUUCCUUGAAAAUUCCCUUUGGCCUGCUUAUUUUGUUGACCUUUUCUUUUUUCCCGGUCUUCUGUUUUUGUUUGUGUACGUGAUUACGUGAUUGAAGGGGGAGAUAGCUCUAGGCUCUAGGCUCUAGGCUCUAGCUGUACUGCACAAAAAUGGUGCGAGAAGAACCAAAUCCAAGAAACCUCAAUCCCUCUCAUUGAUUAACACAAUUAGUUGUAUAUUCUCUGUAUUAAUAUCGUUAGUUUAAUUUGUUACUAAUUCUAAUA